GCGGCAGCAUGGGAGCACAGGAAGUGCUUGCAGCUAGCUCUUUAAUCGAGGCUGACCCCCUCCCUCGCUGUUCCGGCGUUGCGACCCGGACAACAACUGGAGAGGAACAUCGCGAUCAUUGCUGUCGCCAACGACGGAGGGUCGAGAUAGUAGGAUCUCUUGACCGGGAUCUCGAUGUGAGCCGCGUCUCCGCAGCAGCAGCCUCCCGGCACUUCACCGCGGACCCUUGACGGCCAUCCGAGCGGCGCGCAGAUACCAGGCACAGAAGUUAAAUUAAGACCCGGCAGAAAGCGAGCAGAGAGAGAGAGAGAGAGAGAGAGAGAGCGAGCGCGAGCGCGAGAGCGACACCGAAUAACACAUUUACGCGACGGCCGUAAUGGGUUCCUACAGAAUUCUGCGUCGGCCAUGGAGGGCUAAGAAACCGCUGUACUGGGGCAUGGUUCCCGAACUGGCUGGCACUAUCGCGUGUCUCGUCCUCUUCGCCGUCCAGCGACCGGAUGCCUUCCGGACCAUGUUCUGGCGCAUCGGCUUCGAGAACGGCCUCAACUCCAACCCAAACAUGAUCAUCUACGCCUAUGCGAAUUUCAGACCAUUGCCGAAAAUCCCGUUCGUCUGGUCACAGACACUGACUGACUUCAAUGUCGCCAUCUCUAUCGUAUCUCUCUUCAUCCUUCUGGCCAAGAUGAUCGCCACUAUCAUGAAGGUCUUCUACCCGAUCUUCGGCGUCAUCAUCGGUCUCUCCAUGACGGCCCUCUACGCCACAAGCGUUGGCGGGCAGGCCGGCCCCGACUACGCCGACGCCCGCUACCCGAGCCCGGUCCCCUGGUACAUCCGAAUGAGCUGCGAUAUUGCAAGGCCCUACGGUGCGGCCAAGAGCUGUUACUUGGCCAAGGGCGCGUUUGCCGUGACCGUGUUUAUGAUGACCGUAUACGUGUGCCAAUCCGCCUUCGCCAUCUGGGCAAUGCUCCCCAACAAGGAGCUCGACAUGGAGGAUGAUUCGGAUGACGAUGACUAUGGGCCCAGCCAAAAGGGCAAGGACAAGGGCGUGGCGGUAUCCGUCGAGUUGCAGCCGACCCCGCCGAGUCAGCAGAUGCCGUUUACGCCCCGGACGCAGGCAUUCCAUACUUUGGACAGGAAACUGCCGCUUCGCUACAGCUGAGGCGGCCGUAGGCUGUUGUGUACGAGCAUAUUUUCUUUUUCUUUUUUGAGGGAGCGUUCACAGAGCUGUGUUGUGCCGCUGCUCUGCUGGUCGGGGCAGAACCUCGUCGCCCUGGGAGCAACAUGGAGUUAAGGCUGCUGGAAUAUCCACAAUGCCCAGAUGGGCUGUAAUAGCUGGACCUCCUCGCUCAUCUCCAAGGGUCAUUAACUAGUUAAUUUGGUGGGCGCCUACCAGCUUUGGGUUCACUCGUUCUCAGCCACGAGGAGUCGGGGGUUAGAAUGACAUGACCAGAUGA